AUGUCCGCCGAUUUAGAAAACCAACAGCCGCAAGAUCAUACUCUUGUGAUUGAUAAUAAGGAUAAUGAUGUCAACUCCUUUCAUGGUUCUGAAAGCAAGAAAGAUGGCUUGAGUGAUGGUAUCACCAAAGUUACUACUGAGGGCGAUUAUGUCCAGUUUGGAAAUGAGCGUUACUUGAGAAGUGAAUUAGUGGAUGCGUUCGGUGGUUCGCUUAACCCUGGUUUAGCACCACCGCCAAAGAAUAACUUUGCUAACCCAGCUCCAUUAGGUUUGUCGGGUUUCGCUUUGACCACGUUUGUUUUGAGUUUAAUCAACCUUGAAGCCAGAGGGGUCGUCAUUCCAAAUAUUGUCGUCGGGUUGGCCUUUUUUUACGGAGGAGCUGCUCAAUUAGUUGCCGGUUUAUUUGAAAUUGCAGUUGGAAACACUUUUGGUGGUGUUGCCUUGGGUUCUUAUGCUGGAUUUUGGGGAUCCUGGGCUGCAAUUCAGGUUAAUAGUUUUGGUAUUGUCGAAGCAUAUGGAACAAAUGAAGAGGAAUUGAGGUUCGCUUUGGGUAUAUUUUUGAUUGGCUGGUUCAUAUUCACUUUUUUCCUCAUGCUUUGUACUUUGAAGUCAACGGUAGCCUUUUUCCUGGUAUUCUUUUUACUUUCUAUAACCUUCUUGCUAUUAGCUAUUGCAGAGUUUAAGGGGUCAACUGGAGUUAAAAAAGCGGCAGGUGUUUUUGGUGUACUUACGGCUUUUGCUGCUUGGUAUAAUGCAUAUGCUGGUCUCGCGAAUAAGCAAAAUUCAUACAUUACUGUUAAGGCUAUUCACAUACCAGACUUCGAAGAAAAAAUGAAGUCUCAUUAA